AUGGCCUACAUACAAAAUAUCUCUAUAUUUCUGUUCCUUCUUGCUGGUUUUUCCUGCCUUCAAAUUUCACCUAUCGAAGCAAGGCGACUAAAACCAUUUAAGGAACAAGAAAAACGAGAUAUUCCAGCUACUCUUCCUGCUAAUGCUUCCCCUCAAAUUGUGGGACAAGAGCGCAUUCCCCCACCAACUAAUCAAAAACAGGAAAUUGACAGUUCUAAUGCAGCAGAUGUAAAUGGUUUUCGUCCUACAACACCAGGAAAGAGUCCUGGAAUUGGCCACUCUUUUCCAGCCCAAAGGGACAACAUUGCAGGAAAGACUAAUGACUUUCGACCCACAGGACCAGGUCACAGUCCUGGUAUUGGUCAUUCUUUUGCAAACAAGAGCACAGGACGAAAUUCAUAA